AUGGCGCCAGACCGAGACCGGGAGCUUCAAAUAGAAGGCUCCGUGAAUUUGGAGUUUUUCAACAAUGGGACUGCCCCUGUCGGUGGAGCAACAGGGGGUUCAAAGGAAGAUCCCACCGUGCAAGGUGGCGUAGAGCCUGAGGACGGUAUAGACUUUGAUGAGGAGGAGGCCGAGGGUUCCGCGUUAGGCCCCGAGACUUUGCAUAUCUCGGCGAAUGGUGGCAGAGAUGCUUCAGGCGUGGUCGCCGGUUGUAACGCCAGCCUUGCCUCACAACCGGGUGCCAUUAAUCCCACCCUCGCGAACAGGGAACCACAUCCUGCCACUGGGAAAAUAUCAGCUAGACGCAAAGAAGCUACUCUGCGGUACGAGCAAACUGUGAGGCUCGACAUUGAGAGUUUGCGAUCAAGGGUCCCCCAUCUGGUACGAACCCAAGGCGCCCAGUUACCAGCCGUCAGCCUAUCCAAUGAUGACGCAAGUGCGGAAAUUCAGGAUGCGGAAAGAAAGCUCUCUCUCGCGAUCUCAAAGGGGGACUUCAACAGAAUGAAAAUCAUUGGUCAGUUCAAUCUUGGAUUUAUCCUAGUUUCCCGGCCUGCGGGCCAGCAUGAUGGCCCCGUCGUUAGCCAUACACCGCAGAGGCGUGACGAGCUGUUCAUUGUCGAUCAGCAUGCAUCAGACGAAAAAUAUAACUUUGAGCGGCUCCAGGCUUCGACCGUGGUUGACUCUCAACGCUUGGUGAAUCCUAAGUCUCUCGAGCUGACGGCACUAGAGGAAGAGGUCUUACUCGAUAAUCUUCCUGUGUUCGAAGCCAAUGGUUUCAAAGUCGCAGUCGAUAUCUCGGGAGAUUCUCCUGUUGGUGCAAGGUGCCAGCUUCUUGCCUUGCCCCUUAGCAAAGAGACAGUCUUUACAGUGGCUGAUCUCGAAGAGUUGAUCUCCUCCUUGCAGAUAGCCCUUCGAGCUCGGAAGGCAGAUCCAUGGUGA